UGCGCGUGAAACACGUUCUCUGGAUUAACCGGGGAAUAACACAGUGCGUUUGUUUUGAUAAAAAAAAGUCUCGAAAGAACGACACCGUGCGACGCUCGACAAAUUUCACUGGUUUCUCUAAUUUAGUUAUAUUUUGCAUCUAAUCCCCGGCUUUGACAUAAACAUCAGCAAAGGCCCGGCAGCAGUGCAGUGAAAACUGAUUGUAUUAAAGAUUACCGGACUGGAAACAGUGAGAUUUGCAGAUAUUUCGUAAGAAUGUCCUCGUUCACAGAAACGGGGCUGGUGAAGAAACUGUUCGAUCUCAACCAAAGUCAGCAAAGUAUUCAAACCCUUUCACUGUGGCUGAUUCAUCACCGAAAGCAUCACUCAAUAAUCGUUAAAACAUGGCUGAAAGAGCUCCAGAGAGCACCUUCAGCGAAGAAGCUUACCUUCAUGUACCUGGCGAACGAUGUGAUACAGAACAGCAAGAAGAAAGGACCCGAGUUUGGGCGCGAGUAUGAGCACGUGUUGGUAAAAGCGUUCAAAAAUGUUGCUCAGUCAUCACCAGAACCGAAAACAAUCAACAGCCUCAAUAGAAUUCUCGGCAUCUGGGGCGAUCGGGGUGUGUACGAGGAACCUAAAAUUAAGGAAUUCUCGACAGCACUCAACGGAACCGAAACCAUCCCUAAGGUGGAGACGAAUGGUAGUGAAAAAAAGCGGAAAGGGGAUAGCACCACCAAUGAGGUUGAUCAGUUGAAAAAGCCUCGCUCAGCCGCCGGAACGGAGAAGAAAGCGAAGAGUGAAGUGGUAGAGGUCAAUGGAAAAGUAGAAACGCACAUUACACUCAGUCCGCAUCAGCCGGACGGAGAUCCUCCUGAACCGGAGGAUCUGAUAAAGGUUAUUUUGGAGCUGGAAAAUUCAGCAUCGAGUGAUGCUGCAGUGCGCGAAAGAAUAGCCAGCCUUAAACCAGAGGUAUCCGAAUUAGCUGCACUAGAUAAGCUGGAAGACAAAGAAGCAGCUAUGAAACUGGCCGCAGACGUGAACGAUGCCAUAAAGAUUCUAAAUGAUUAUAACGCGAGGUUGGCAAUAGAAAUGGAUGACCGUAAGAAGCUGACUACCAUGCUGAGGGAUUUCUUGCGCGAGCAGCAGGAACUUCAACAACAAGUGGAAAACCGGCUAGUGGAAUAUCAGAAUAAACUUUCUAAAAUCAAAGAAGUACAAAAGGAGGUUCGAAACCAUAUGAACAAUCUACCCGACUUGACCUCCCUCCCGGAUGUGACCGGUGGUUUGGCACCAUUACCUUCGGCCGGAGAUUUGUUCAACGCACAUCAUCACUAGGACAGCGAAUAUUUGAUGAUCUGACUUGUAAACGGUGACAAAGUCCGAAAUCUACUUUCGGGGAGCUUUAUUCCGUAAGACAUUUAUGUUUUUACGAAAAAUUUCUAAACUAGAUGAACAUGUGUAGUCGAACAGUAACUAUUGCUCCCGUGUGCGUUUGUAUAUCUACGUGUUUGCGCAUGACAAACAGUGCUUUCGAAUUUCCAAACAGGCUCCUACAAGCAAUUUAGAACCUCCUUUCGGCAAGCACUCAGCGCAAAGUAUUGAACAUAAGAACAACAAUCAAGAGACCAAAUAAUAUGUAGGCGAAUCCGAAGCUUAGUCCAGCUUAGGAUCCAAACGCUGAUAACCGUCAUAGGAGAAACAGUUUGUUUUGUACAAUUUGUUGCAAUUUGUAUCCUUAGUGCAGGAUAUGUUGUCCGGAAAAUGUAGAAAGCAAAUAAACGACUGUUUUAGUCAAAAGUUAAA